AUGCGCCACCCAAAGUCCGGCCCCGAGGAGGACGCCGAAGAGGACGCCCACCGCGGAAAGUUUAAGAGCUUGGACUCGUUCUUGGCACACGCCUCCGAUCCACGCCUUGGCACCGCCCACCCCGCCGCCACCGCGGAGAAGGGGCUGCCCGAGCGGCCGGUUCGACGGUUGCAAUCCGUCGAGUCGUCGCCAGAUGUCUCGCGUUUUGUUCGCCAACUUCCUAAAUCUGUACAAGAGAAGAAGAAGAAGGGGCGCGAUCACCUCGAGGACACUACUGUAAGCAAGGACGUAUCCCCGCCUGAAAUUUCAGAUUUAUCUCCUGUCGCCAAACACAUUGAUGCCAUCCUGGUCCCCGCUGGCCCACAGCACCCGCACACCCAGGUGCCCAUUCUAUUCGGGCAAGCGUCAGACGACUCGUCUGCCGAUGACUCGUCCGACGACUGCAUCCACCCUCAACCUCAACUUUCCUUUGACCAUGAGUUGCAGUAUCAACAGGAUCUGGAUGAUAGUGCUAGUGAUGCCGAGUACUACCACCGAGAAGGCGUCUUGAAUGCCUGCAAGUCUGCCGCAUCCCAUCAUGUCGCCCACCCCGAACCACACCAUCCCGACACAUCCUCAGACUACAUGUCCUUUGAGGAAGUGGACCACCACUCGAGUGCGGGUGAGGAGACCGCUUCGGAGGAGGAACCAUCCCCCUCACUUUCGGAAACGGAAGAGAUAGAGUGCGUCCCUCACCCACGCGUAGCAGCACCAAUUCGUGAAACAUCUUCCUUGCUCUCUCCGCAAUCGUCCGACGGACAAGUGGAGAGGUACCACUCUACCCACAAUUCCACCCCACUCCCUCUUGUUCAAAGCGCAGAGGCAACGCCCCUUUCUGCCAAUCACGUCUUGCCUGGAACCCGUGUUGACGAUAUCGCUCAAGCCUCCCAGCCUGCUGUGCAAACCCGCUCUGUCAGUACAGCCCCUGACGCUGUCCCGAAAACGUCAGAAACCACGGUGGAGGGAACAGUGCACUCGCCCCUGUCACAUCAUGCAACGAGUACUCGAAUGUCGUUGACCUCAGAGAACAAUUCGCUCACAUCAGCCAAUGCCGACAGAUUGGAUAGCCCUUCUGAUGAGCAGGCAACGCCGAAAGUCCCUUUCACGUUACAGAGGGGAAGGAGGGGCAAAUCGUCCGUCCGCGUCCAUCACCCAGAUUCCAAAAGUUUGGUUGCCAAGAGAGUUGAUGACUAUGAAUCUUUCCUGGCACUAACAGAGGCCGAGAUUAAUGCAUCUAUCAAGCUUCCACUGCCUACAGUGACAGCGGGCGUUGCCGCUAACUUUGCCAGCAGCAAGACCGCAUCGCCUCCUUCGCUUGAGAGAAGCUUCACCGUCGAACGUCGCUCGAAGCGCCUCACAAACGAAAGUCUGGUUUUGAGUUCCUGUACCACAAAGUCAGCGGGGUCUCAGGGCCCGAUCAGCUUCGCUUCAGGUGCGGAGUCUUUGUUUCGUGCGGAUGGCGAUGGCGGUGAGGCUCAGGAGUUUGACCGAUGCAACACCAUGGAAAUGCAGAGUCCAGUCAGACUGCGCAUGCAGCAGUGUGACUCUAGCAAGGUCACGGUUUCAGAAGGAUUGCCACCUUCGAGCAAGCCCGCAAACCCCACGCAAUUUGAUGUCUUCGAUGCUCCACCUGCCGCUGAAAGUCUUCAAGAACUCAUUCCUGAAUAUGUACCACGCGUUCAGCCUGACUUUGCCAUGGCUCCACAGGAAGACUUCGGAGAUAAAGUUAGGAGUCCAGACCCCAAUCUCUUCCCAGAGUGCCCACUUGAAGAAAUGCCGGAAAUCUCUCUUGAGGAUGACACAAUCGUUCGGGUCGAAAGCAUGGAGAAACUGCCGUCGUUCUCAUUGUCACGUCAAGGCUCCUUAGCAUCACUGCAAACCGAGACGUACUCAUCACCAACUUCCCCAGAUCAAAGCGCGGCUUCUCAAGCCGGAUUCCGGGCGCAACGCCAUGACAAGUGGCGAGCUAGUGAUCACGAUCUUUUCGCUGAAGACCCCAUGACGGAAUCAAGUACCAAUACAGGUAAUCUCUACGGACAAGCGGAUACCAGAAGAAGAAUGGAGAAGAGAAUCACCGAAAACGACCUCGGCUCAGUCAUUGAUAGUGCAUAUUUCGAGAAUUCGUUGGUCGAUGAUUUCGACAGCAGCAACAUGAUAGCGAGCAUGCCGAGAGAGGGAUCGCGAAGGGACGCUCCUUCAGAUUCUGAAGAGGGUGAGGAACAUAUUGCCACGCCUUUCGCCACACUCGGAGACCGAAGCAGCUGGCAGCGACGGUCUGAGGAACUUGAUUUUGUGCAACCAGCGGGAUUGCCUAAUAGAGAAAUUGACAACAAGUCGGAGAAACUGGUUCGAAAAACUACCACUGAGUCAACUGCACUGAGCACUUCGACUCUUUCUGACAGAGAGAGGACCAAGGGGGGAGAAGGAUCGUUGAUUGGGAGGAUUUUGCAUUCUCCGAUGUCGUCUCACGUCUACUUGAGCCCUGUAGCCGGACAGCCACUUCCUUCUUCUAAGGUUGGGCGAUCUAUGAGUGCUUCCGACAGCCAGUACAAUAAUUGGCCUGAAUAUCAGCCGUCAAUCGGGGAUAGUGCCCUCGUAAGCCCGCGCCACCGAAGUGACGUCGCUACAGGCACCACCGCAAGGCAGCGGGACUUGCUUCCCUUCGAGGUGCUUCAUGCACAUACACUGAACGAUGACUACAUGGAACGUGACUUUCCAAUUCGUUUCCGAGGUCCUCGGAGAGCCUGGAGUAGAAUCUUUAGAAGGUCGACAGCCUCGCGGGAGGCGAAUGACGUGCGUGGAGCUGUAAGAAGUAUUUUGCGCCUUGGCCGACGACCGCUCAUCACAGAUGAAGAACUGGACGCUGUGGACAGGGGACUGGACAGUACCUACCGGCAUGCAAAUGAAAAACCGAGCCGUCGAUCGGGGACGGUGACAAGCGACUACAUGUUUGAUAUUGAUAUCGAGCAAGACGCCGUUUUCACCCUCUUGAAUCGGCUGUGCCUAGAGUCAGGGUUCAACGUCACAGUGAGGAGGCCGAAUUACAAAAUGAAGGUGCAAGUGCCGUGCGAAGGGACGAGGGUACCGCUUCUGGUUUCAAUUCAGAUCUUGAAGUCGUCUCUAGGCAGAGGGACGUGUGUGUCCAUGGUGCGUUCGCGGGAUGACCAAUCGGGUGGGCCGGUGACGGAUAUUGAAGCUGCUGGGGUACUGCUGCGGAAACGCCUCGGGUCUCAUGUCGAGUUCAUCGAGGACUCUUUCUCGGAACUGUAUAUGCGGGAUUCAGAGAAGCAAUUCGGUACUCCUGCUUACGAGUAG